CUGGUAUGUACUUUAAGAGCAGCAGCAGAUGAUCAAUACACAUCGUCCUAAAGCGCCAUCUUUUUAUUCUAUUGCAUAUUUCAAAGCACAUCGCCAUCAUGUCCGAACGAAAAGGACCUUUCAAGCUAGUGACGGUCAAUACUGCCCCAGAGCGUGCCAAACGUGUCAUUGGCCGUCUUAUCGAGGCACUCAGGGGUGAUUUCGAUAUCGAACAUAUCGACAAUUGCGAGAGCAUAGAUCAAGUUGUUCCGACAGUUACCAAGCACAAGCCAAAUGUUCUUUUCUGUGCUUCAAUGUGGACGGCUGAGGAAGCAGAAAAGAUUCAGACCCUUGCGCGGUCUGUCGUCCCGGAUAUCAAGACGCACGCAAUUCCUACAGGAUUGCAAGUAGAGCGUGGUCCAGAUGGUGUUGUUGAGUAUCUAGUUGGAAGGGUACCAGUCUUGCUAGAAUCUUAG